CCGGAGGCUGUCGGGAAGUAGGCGGGGUGACGUGGGCUUGACGAGCUCCGCGGCGGGUUUGCUGAGCUCGGUGGCCGGCGGCAGCUGCUGCGGGGGGCGGCCGCGGCGCCAGGUGCUGCGGGGCGCUUUGUGGCCGGGGCCAUGUCGGGCAAUGCUGGGGAGUGGUGCCUCAUGGAAAGCGACCCCGGGGUCUUCACCGAGCUCAUUAAAGGAUUCGGCUGCCGCGGAGCCCAAGUAGAAGAAAUCUGGAGUUUAGAGCCUGAGAAUUUUGAAAAACUAAAGCCGGUUCAUGGAUUGAUUUUUCUUUUCAAGUGGCAGCCGGGAGAAGAACCAGCAGGCUCUGUGGUUCAGGACUCCAGACUUGACACGAUAUUUUUUGCCAAGCAGGUAAUUAAUAAUGCUUGUGCCACUCAAGCAAUAGUGAGUGUGUUAUUGAACUGUACCCAUCAAGAUGUCCAUUUAGGAGAAACAUUGUCAGAGUUUAAGGAAUUUUCACAAAGUUUUGACGCAGCUAUGAAAGGUUUGGCACUGAGCAAUUCGGAUGUGAUUCGGCAAGUACACAACAGUUUUGCAAGGCAGCAAAUGUUUGAAUUUGAUGCAAAGACAACAGCAAAAGAAGAAGAUGCUUUUCACUUUGUUAGUUAUGUUCCAGUUAAUGGACGACUGUAUGAAUUAGAUGGAUUAAGAGAAGGACCAAUUGAUUUAGGUGCUUGCAAUCAAGAUGACUGGAUUGGUGCAGUGAGGCCUGUAAUAGAGAAAAGGAUACAAAAGUACAGUGAAGGUGAAAUUCGAUUUAACUUAAUGGCUAUCGUGUCUGACAGAAAAAUGAUAUAUGAACAGAAGAUCGCAGAGCUACAGAGGCAGCUCGCAGAGGAGGAGCCUAUGGAUACGGAUCAGGGUAAUAAUAUGUUAAGUGCUAUUCAAUCAGAGGUUGCCAAAAACCAGAUGCUUAUUGAAGAAGAAGUACAGAAACUGAAAAGAUACAAGAUUGAAAAUAUCAGAAGGAAGCAUAAUUACCUGCCUUUCAUUAUGGAAUUGUUAAAGACCUUAGCGGAACACCAGCAGUUAAUACCACUAGUGGAAAAGGCAAAAGAGAAACAAAAUGCAAAGAAAGCCCAGGAAACAAAAUGAAGAUGCUUUGGAAUUUGUGCACAUUUCUGCUUCUGCACUUAAUUUCAUGGAAACCAUUAAGUAUAAAGAACUUAGAGUAACAUCCUAAUUGACUGCACGUUUGGCAAUGGUACCAGUCUGUCUUGUCUUUACUGCAUGGAUUCAUAAACCUUUCCCUACCUGCAUCAUGUGCAUGGAGAACAUAGUAAAUAAAAGUGGUGUUAGCGUGCUUACCCAAAUUCCAUUACUUAACCCUGGACCUGAGGACUCCUGAGGGUUUUCUGGAUUAUAACUACUGUAAUGAACCUAGAAAAUGCACAAAUGAUGUUUUUUUCUUGUAAUUGUAAUAAUUAAUCUUUCAAUCUUUAAGCUCAAUCAAGUGCUUAAAAUUUAUAAAUGUUAAAUCUUGACUAAACUGGAUCUCUUGUUUCAUCAUUCACUGUAUCACUGUCAUCCCGUUGCUCAUCGAUUUGCUCAAGCGGACACCAGUAACGUCUCCAUUGUGAGACUUGUUAUUACUGUUUUUGGCAUAUCAAUACGCCACUCGGAGCUUGCCAAGUCUCUGCCGUGUGGGCGAGAUACUCUCGGUAGCUUGCUGGGCUCUCUGAGAGGGACGAAAGAAUCAAACCCGGGUCAGCCACGUGCAAAGGCAAACGCUCUACCCACUGUGCUAUCGCUCCAGCCAGUUUCAUCAUUAAUGAAAAAAAAAAGUAUUUCUUCUUUUGAUACCUAAAUAUUUUGAGAAACUGAAAACUGAUUCUGUCUCCCAUACCAGUCAUUUACAAAAGUCAGAUCAUUUUGAAAGGACACGAGGACCCAUGUGGUUCCUAUUGACUUUCAUUGCUGCCAAAAGAAAAAGUCGUAAACAUUCCGAUUUCAGCAUACUUUAGGCAUUUGAGCUUGUUAUGAUUUAUAGAAUAAUUUUCAAGGAAUUGUAUUAUGUUUGAAAGCAAUAUUUUGGGUUAAUAGCAAAUGGUAAUUUUGAAGUUUUUGAUAUAAUUCUUGGUUUGAGCAACUUUCUCCCAACCUAUUAAACUGAAUCUGCAGUAAAAAUUAGAGGUGUCACAGUAGAGAUUUCAUGCUUUAAAGAGAGACCAGUGGUGGUGGCCGAGGAUCCUGUACCCGUUUCAGCUGACGUGGAUAGCCCAGUAGUUUCCAUGAACCGUGUGCCGAUAGCCCACAAGGGAGCUCCCAACCUUCUUUUCCAGGGUGAACUUAGAGCUAAGGGAGUCACUCCCAGCAGAGUGUGGAGCCCGUGGCUCCAGUGUUCCCAGUGGUCCCUGUGGAGCUGGGGCGUUGCGUCAUGCUGGGAGUGAACGAAGGGCCUACCUCUUGAGCUGUCCCAGCCCCAGUAAAGAAUCACCGAAAUUGACCUGUGACUCUUUCACCUUCUGUUAUGGAAAAGUUACUGUGUAUUUUCCCCCGCUUCCUUUUCCCCUGUUGAAGUGUUGAAUAAUUGGAGAUCACAUGUUGUGUUCGGGUUUAGUGUGACGCUUGCUGGGCGUGGCACUCCUUGGGUUGUGGCGCUUGCACCUGUGCUUGGUGGGGGUGGGGGGCAGGGGUUAGUUACACUCUUAGUUGAGGACUGGUGCACAUUCUGGUGGUGUUAGCCAGGCUGACAGUCCUGCUUCCAGGGCUGCACUCCUGACACACUUCUCACUGAAAGGCACUUGUUUUUAAGUCUUGUUCUCUUUUUGUGGUGGUGAUAGGGGGUGGGGGGACACACCUAGCAAUGCUUGGGGGACAAUAUGUGGUGUCUGGGAUUGAACUCAGGUUGGCUGCAUGCAAAGCAGUGUGCCCUACCCACUGUACUAUCUUUCUCUCCAGCUCCUGAAAGAUACUUUUGUUUGUUUGUUUGUUUGUUUGUUUUUGGGCAAACUCAGCAAUACUCGGGGGUUACUCCUGGCUCUGCACUCGGGAAUCACUCCUGUCAGUGCCCGGGGUCCCAUAUGGGAUGCCUGGGAUAGAGCCUGGGCCUGCUGCAUGCAAGGCAAGUGCCCUACUCCCUGUACUGUCACUCUGGCUGUGAAAGAUACUUUUUUAAAAUGAGAGCUGCAGUAUCAAGAUAUUUGAAAAAAAGUUGUAUGAAACUUGUGGUAAUAAGUAUAAGAUUUUUUUUCUUUCUGUUUUAAAAUACUUGCUUUACCUGCCACCUCUUUGCUGAUUGCAAGUGUACGGUAGCCCUUGGUGAUCAUUCUGCCAUUGAAUCCAGAAAUAUGACUGCCAGCUCUAAGUCAUGAAGUUGGAAAUGUAAAGAGCACUUCAGACACACACACACACACACACACACACACACACACACACACACACACACACUGCCAGUGGUAUGUUGAAAGUUUUUUUAUAAAGGGACAUAUUUAAAAGAAAUUCUUUGCUCAUUUCACUUUUGUCUUUUUCUGAAAUCUCACCCACUGAUAGGGUAGAUGGAGGCCCGUCUGUUUCAUGCCUUUUAAAAUAGCCAGCCAGCUCUAAGGCCUAUGCUUCUGUUACUGUAAACAAGGAAAGCUUGCCAACAGCUGCAGUACCGGCUAGUUUCAGCUCAUGUGUUUAGCUCCCAAGAUAGCUGCCCUUUUUCUGGUUGAGAGCAGUCAGCUUGACUGCUGCUAGAAUGAACAAAUAUUUGUUUUGAGAUCAUGAACCACAGGGACUUGCUCCCCUAUCAUUUAGACUAUGAUACUAUGGCAUUACAUGCAGAUAAUUCCUUACUUAAUCCUUUCAGUUGCUUAGAACAUUUCAAAAUACAUUCAGAAAUUUUUUUUUUUUCUGUAGAGGGAUAUUUUGGAAUUCCUAUAGGACCUCCCUCCCACCCCCGUAGGAUUUCUAAAGAAAGAAAAAUAAUAAUACACGCAUAACUCUACUACCAAGAGAAUUGCAUUAUUGUUUUAGUGUAUUCAGCAGUUUAGUAUGUAGUUUAAAAAAGAAAAGAUCCUGAUCUUUUAUACAUGUACUUUUGUUUUUGCAUGGCCUCUCCACCUGUCAAAACAGAUCUAUGUGGUCUAUACCAUUUUUAUUCAUAUUUUUUAAUUUUAUUUUUUUAGUGAAUCACCCUGAGGUACAGUUAUAGACUUAAUAACUUUUGUGCUUGCAUUUCAGUCAUACAAUGAUUGAGUACCAAUGCCUCCACCAGUGCCCAUUUUCCACCACCAAUGAUCCCAGUAUCCCUCGGACCACCCCCCAUACCAUUUUUAUUGAUUUUUUUUUGUUUUGUUUGUUUCCCUUUUUUGGGUCACACCUGGCCAUGCACAGGGGUUACUCCUGGCUCUGCACUCAAGAAUUAUCCCGGUGCUCAGGGCACCAUAUGGGAUGCUGGGAAUCGAACCCAGGUCGGCUGCGUGCAAGGCAAAUGCCCUACCUCCUGUGCUAUUGUUCCAGCCCCCCCAUACCAUUUUUAAAGUAGAUGAAUUGAUCACUUUUUGUAUCAUUAGUGACUCAUUGCAGAACAUUCAGAUAUUAAAAGGAAUAGCAAGUAGCACUGAGAAUUUUGAAACUACUUAGCUCCUUAUGAAGGCAUUGGGAGAUUUGGAAGAGGGGGCUUGGGCUGGGAUCUGUAAGAAUGACUCCCAGCAAAGCUUACAUUACUGAUACCCCAGUGAAACUGCCAUUUCUGGACUUCACCAUUGAAAUGACAGAUGCCAGAGAACUCCAUGGUAACUGUGAUCUAGGAAUGAAGGGCCAGCCCUGAUUGUGGCCAGCUAGGGACUAUACCCUAAAAUGGUGUUUCUCAACUGAGGGCCAUAAGGACCCUGUGGGCCCCCAGUAUAUUCCAAGGGAGCCACAGGUGACAAUGGCAAAAGUGGUGGUAGUGAUGGGGUGGGGGUUGGGGGUAUUAUUGAAAAAAGGUCCAGAAAUGACCUAGAAUGUAGAAUUAGCCCCUCAGUGACUUGGUCUGCCCCUCAAAACAGCUAUAACAGCAGGCAGAUCUUCCAUUCACUUUUCUGCAAGGGAAUCUGGGAAUAAACAUUUAGCUUUCCGCUUCUGAAGUGUAGAAGACAGCUAGGAGGAGGGAGAGAAGGGGAAGGAUGCUGAGUGCAAGUCCACUGUUUUUAUACCUUAGUGCGUUCUCCACUAAAACAAUUUUUACCUAGUCACUGUCACUCACUGUCAUCCUGUUGCUCAUCGAUUUGUUCGAGUGGGCACCAGUAACGUCUCUCAUUGUGAGACUUAUUGUAACUGUUUUUGGCAUAUCAAAUACACCACGGGAAGCUUGCCAGGCUCUGCUUGCCAGGCUGUCCGAGAGGGGCGGAGGAAUUGAACACGGGUUAGCCGCGUGAAAGGCAAACACCCUAUCGCUGUGCUAUCACAGUCAGUUCAUUUUUAUUUUAGGAAAGAGGGGGAAAAAUUUAAUUCCAUUGCCCAAAGAUAAUCAUUAUUUAUGUUCUGCUGUAUAUCUCUCCAGAGAAUGUACACUCAAAUUUAAAUGAAAAAGAUAUUUUUUAUGAAAAUACUAUUAUUUUGUUGCAUUUUAAAUACCAACAUGUUUGUGUUAAUAUUUUUUAAAAUGGUUUCUCAGUAUUCUGUUACAUAAAUAUGCUCUAAUGUGGUUAACAAGCCCCCCGAUAUAAGGAAUAACACAGAAGUAUAAAAGCCUGACACUGGGGGCUGGAGCCAUAGUACAGCCUGUAGGGCAUUUACUUUGCACACAGCUGACCCGAGUUCAAUCCCUGGUGUCCCUUACAGUCCCCUGAGCACCUCCAGGACUAAUUUCUGAGUGCAGAGCCAGGAGUAACUCCUGGGCAUUGCCAGGUGUAUCUGCCCUUCCCCCCAAGAAAAAAUUAGAAAGCAAACUGGGUGAUAUGAUAUCUUAAUUUUUAAGAAAGUGAUGUGACUUUCUAAAUCAGUUACACAUGAAUAUUCUUUAAUCUGUUAACCCACGGUUAAGGCCAAGUAGAAAUCAAUAGGAUAAAGAUUUUCCACAUAUAGCAUAUAUUGUCUUGAGAACUUGGGCAAUUUAUUCAGUAUAUGAGUUGUUUCACAUGCUGGCAGUGUAUAGUGGUGAAAAAACUCUGCCUUCAUGGUGAGACAGGCAGUAUGCAAGUGUAUAAUACUAACUUUUAAGUAGUAAGAAACAGAAGUAAGGCAGGGCGUAAGGAUGGGGAGGGCUGAGGCUUGAUAGGAUGCUAGUUCGUUUUAAGCAGAGACCUGUGUGAAGAGAAUUUUCUUUCUGACUCAGCACUAUGAAACUGGAUUGCAUACAGACUAAAAUAAUUCAGAGCAUUUCCAGUAAGGCUGAUGAAACUUGACUUGGAGUGACAACAUGAAAACAAUUAUUUAAAAAUUAUAUAGAAAGGUUAGGACCCCUGGCUUACAUAAUUUAUAGAUUAUCCAGAUAUUUUACAUGAUAUAUUUUUACCCUUCCUUGUGCUAAUGAUAUAUAGUACUGACUAAACCAUAAAACCUGGGAAUAAAAUGUGCUUUAAAAAUCAAUUUGAUACACAUUAUGACUAAACUCUAAACGUCAAGAUGAAAACAGUUGGGCCAGAGAGAGUGAGAGCUCAGAGGGCCAGGCCCCAAGCUGUGCGCGCUGGAGACCCGGCUUCAAGCCACAGCGUCAUAUGGUUCUCUGAGCAACGCUGAGGGCCUCCCAGAGCUAGGAGUAAGCCCCUGAGCACUGCUGGGGUGGCCAGAGGGCAAACAAAGAUCAUUGAAAAAUAAAGUGAUGUGGUAUUUAACAUAUUUCACUUAACACAGUACCCCAAGGUCCAUUCACGUUUUUUGCACAUGGCAAGAUUACAUUGAUUUUUGGUUUUGUUUGGGGGACUGUAUGGUGCUGAAGGAUUCACCUGGGCAUCUCGAGUGCAAGGUCCAUGGUACAGUCCUUUGAGCAAUCUCCCCAGUCCAAGCAGUCAGUAUUUCCCAUGGCUAAGUAGUAUUCUGGUGCAGUAUUCACAUUCUCAUCACUGAUCAAUGGACAAGGGUUGUUUUCAUACAUUUUCAUCGUUGAUCAAUGGACAUGGGUUGUUUUCCUGUCUUGGCUAUUGUAAAUGAUGCACAUAGAUAAAUGUAUAUGUUUUGGAUUUAGUGUUUUGCUUCCUUCAGGUAGAUGGCUGGGAAUAAAAUUUCUGGAUCACAUUUCUAGUUUUAACUAUUUUGAGGAAGCUACUUAAUUUUCUUUUUAUAGUGGCUGUGCUGAGUCUUACAACAUUUUGAAUGAAUUUAUCUCAUACAAGAGUAUACCGAAAGAUGCUUCCGAAAGUUGAAAUUGAACAGAACAUACGUUCUCUAUUUAUAUGCUUAUAUGUGUUACAACCUAUUUGAAUGAUAAUUUAUUGUACAGUCUAAGGCAUACCUGCAAUACCUUCUGAGCAAUAAUGUAAAUGCUUAUGGGAUACUCCCCAUUGAUGGCAAUUCUGGCAUCUCAAAUAUGUUAUUUUACUUUCUUCACUUUUCUUUUCCCUUUCAGAGAAGCCAUGUCUAUAACCUAGCUGUUCAAAGUGUGCUUUGUAGACCAGCAAUGUGUGACCCUGUUAGAACAAGAGAUCCUGCCCUAGACCCAUUUAACCAGAAUCUGCAUUUUAACAAGAUGCCCAGUUGAUUUGUAGCACACAAAAAUUUAACACAGUCUCAUAUGUAUGGAAAUAAAUAUUGACUUUAUAUCAAUA